AUGCAUCUCACUCUACAAACUUUGCUUCUCAUCUCAGCCUCUGCCCAGGGCGUCCUCGGUGACUUCCUGGGCCCAACCUAUCCAGCUCCUACGGAUCUUGCCAGCAAUGGUAGUCGUGUCUCCACGGCUUGGACGAAUCUCACCUCGACUCUCAAUGGGUUCAUCAGGAAUCCAAGCACCAAUCUGACAAGUCCUGCUGGGUUGAAAAACAUCACCUUCUCCCUGGGCAUGUUCUCAAUCCACGACGCCUCUGCUGCCAGGUCGUUGCAGUUUCAUCACACGUCCGAAGAGAUUGCCAACUCAACCACUGGUCUGAAGAAAGUGGACGGGAACAGCAUAUACCGCGUCGCCAGCAUCUCCAAACUUUUCACGACCUUUGCGGGUAUGCUCAAUUUGAACGACAGUGAUUGGGAUCGUCCCAUUACCGACUUUAUCCCGACGUUUGCAGCGUAUGCAGCAGCGCAUCCGGCAGAGAAUGAUUCUACGCUUACUGUCGCCUGGGACAAGGUCACGCUUGCAGCUCUCGCCAGUCAAAUAGCAGGCAAUCCACGAGACGUUACACCCUUUGACCCGGGGGAUUAUCUGUAUCUCGUCGGCGCCAAUGUGCUGUUGAAUACAUUCGGGCUGCCACCUCUGAAUGAGAGCGACCCGCUGGCCGCCCCUCCAUGCUUGGUCUCUGCACUCGCGGGGAAUCUGAACUGCUCCAACAAUGAAUACGCAAUGGGCGCCGCAGGUCGACCACCGCUGUUCCAGCCUUGGACCAGUCCAGCAUAUACAGACUACGGGUAUAUGUUGCUUGGUGCGGCGAUAGCCAACAUUACUGGUACCUCGAUUCACGAUGUCUACCGCGAAAGUAUCUUCAGCCCACUGGGAAUGGCUUCUUCAUUCUCCCAGGUUCCCAAUGCAUCCCAAUACAGCCAGUACGUCAUUCCUGGAAAUGUCACCACAGCAGCAUUGACAGACGGCGAAGCUCUCGAGGUGACGAUACCCUCGGGUGGCCUUUUCUCCACCACGAAUGACCUUGCAAGAUUUGGUACAGCUAUUCUGAAUGGAACCCUUCUUGACCUGGACCAGACACGCAAAUGGAUGAAGCCAGUCACGCACACUGCCUUGCUCGAAUACUCGAUAGGCAGACCGUGGGAGAUAUACCGUUACACACACCCGGAGACUGGACAUGUCACCGACAUCUACACGAAGCUGGGCGACUCUGGCUACUUUGGCGGCUACAUAGCGCUCAUCCCCGACUUUGAUGCAGGCUUCAGCAUCAUCGGCGCGAGCUCUCUACCCGAGCGUUCUCAAUUGACUGCUUUCAUGGCGGACCUCGUCACUGAAAAGAUGCUGCCCGCUUUGGCUGCUGAGGCGCAAGCUGAGGCGCGACAGGGUUUUGUGGGCACGUACACCUCAGAAGACGAGAAUCUCAACAGCACGUUGACAUUGGCCAUCAACCCACAAGGGAAACCCGGGUUGGUGAUCAGCGACUUUGUCAGCAACGGCACGGAUGUUUUGGCGAGUGGCUUACUCGGUGACGGCCCUGUGAGGCUCUUGCACUCGAUAUCUGAUCGAGCCAACGGACGUGUCGCGUUCAGGACUUCCUCGUUUCAUGCUCCCUCGGGCGGACUGUUCUCUCGACAAUAUAACGCCAACGUUGACUGGCUCGCGGGUGACUCGCCGACGUAUGGCGGCAUCGGUUUUGGACUUUUCGUGUUUGAUCUGGAUGAGAGCGGCGACGCGGUCGCGGUCAGCCCUGCGGCAUGGAGGACGAGGCUUGUCAAGACAAACUAG